GGAUCCGCGCAUGGGAAAAUGACAAUCAAGUUUGUGGUCAUCUUCUUCACACUUCUGCUCGCUCAAGGUGCUCGUUCUGAUCUACUGAAAUAUGGCGACGACGACGAAGAUCACCACGAUACCACUGUCAAUCAAAUGCUGGUUCCCAGGUCGCACCAGGAGGAUGCCACACUUAUACUGAACAAUUUGCUCAAGGAAUAUGACAAGACGCUACGGCCGGAUAUUGGAAUGAAACCAACAGUCAUCAAUGUGGGCAUAUAUGUCAACAGCAUCGGGCCUGUGUCAUCCAUCGAUAUGGAGUACCAGAUCGAUAUUAUCUUCGCCCAGACCUGGGUGGACACCCGUCUGCAGUAUAACAGCAGCAGCAUGAAGAUCCUAACCCUCAACAGCAAUAUGGUCGGCUUGAUCUGGCUGCCCGACACCAUCUUUAGGAAUUCCAAGAACGCAGACUCUCACUGGAUAACGACGCCCAAUCAGCUGCUCAGGAUCUUCAACAAUGGAAAAAUACUUUAUACACUGAGGAUGACCAUCAACGCAGAAUGCCAGCUGCAGCUUCAUAAUUUCCCAAUGGACGAACACUCCUGUCCUCUCGUCUUCUCCAGCUAUGGCUACCCCCGAGAUGAGAUUGUGUACAAGUGGAAGCGAAACUCAGUGGAGACGUCGGACCAGAAAUACUGGAGGCUUUACCAGUUUGAUUUCAUGGGGCUCAGAAACACCACAGAUGUGCUCUCGACAACAGCAGGUGACUAUGUGUUGAUGACAGUGUACUUUGACCUCAGCAGAAGGAUGGGAUACUUCACCAUCCAGACCUACAUCCCCUGUAUCCUGACUGUGGUCCUCUCCUGGGUCUCCUUCUGGAUCAAGAGCGAUGCCACGCCUGCAAGGACGGCCCUAGGUAUCACCACAGUGCUGACUAUGACCACCCUGAGCACAGUCGCCAGGAACUCGCUACCUAGAGUGUCUUAUGUGACGGCCAUGGACCUGUUUGUCACAGUCUGCUUCCUAUUCGUCUUCGCUGCCAUGAUCGAGUAUGCCAUGCUCAACUACUACUCCUACAUUGUACGCAGACCUCCUGCCAAGACACAGAGAAUGGCCUACUCAUCUUUCAACAUGGGUCACACUCCACGGCCCAUGAUGCCCAUGGGCAACUCCCUGUUCUGGCACGACUACGAUGACAACUGCCUGUAUGAGUGCCUGGACGGGAAAGACUGCAAGAGCUUCUUCUGCUGCUACGAGGAGUGUAAAGAAGGCGGCUGGAAGAAAGGACGGAUCCACGUCAACAUCCGCGAGCUGGAUUCCUACUCCCGGGUUUUCUUCCCCACCUCCUUCUUGCUCUUCAACAUAGUCUACUGGGUCAGCUACCUCUACCUCUAGUUGGUCUCGGGCUGUGAUCCGUGGGCCCUUCUAAGAUAGCCGCAGUCCCCGCCACUUGGCAACGUGGAUUGAGAUUUAAGGUCAAAACUAAGCGUGGAGGAUCUGCUCUGUGGGAAUUGUGGAAAACAUGCUGCCUGUGGAGGGGUAUGACUAAAAAAUACAUGUGUGCAGUGGUGCACAGUGGAAAGGCCAUGAUACUUUGAGCAGUGGCACUCAAAGGAGAAUAAAACGCUCAGCAGUGGAACAACAAGACGCUGGCAUUAACUUCAAUGGAUAGGUCCCCUUUAUGACUCUCCGAGAAACCAAACAACAGACAGCUGCGACUUGAGGGAUGUUUGGGGACGGGGUUGCAUUGCUGAAUCUUGGUCUUUGAGAUGGUGAAGCACCCAUAGUGCCUUCUUUAGAAAGGGUGCAGUACCGAGAUACGCAGCUUCAGAGUUCCAUCCA